AUGUCGGAUUUAGACAGUGAAUAUCCGAGAGCGGAAAGUGGAAGACCGUUUCUACCAGAAGAAGAAAAAGAAUUUGUGAUGCUGUUCAAUAAACAAAAAUUCAGACCUAGAACAGCUAUUUUAACAGUGUGGUUUGACUACCCCAAAAACAUGUUCUUCCAACCGAUACCAGCUAAAGAUAAAAUCACUUUCACGAAUAAAGAAGGUAAAAAGGAAACGGGUAACAAAAUCAGGUUCAGAAAUGGUUUCUGUCACGACGUUUUAACAUCGGUCGAUAUUCAAGAAAUAGUGAAAGCCGGUGGACGAAUUAUUAGAAUAUUAGAUGGUAUAGUUUACGAAGAAAAUUCUAAAACUCCACCCUAUAGAGAUUAUAUUUUAAUUUUGAGAGAUUUAAAAAAUAAAUAUAAACGAGAAGGUAAUAUAGUGGGUAGUAAUUGCAUGAAAUUAUUAGGUAAUUCCUUGUAUGGUAAAUCAAUUCAGAAAGAUAUAUUCACAACUAGACAUUUAUGGAAUGAAGCAACUUUACAGGCCAACUUUGAUUCACGCGUUAAAACCUAUGAGAAAAUUAAUGAUACUCAAUAUAUUGUUGAAACGGAAAUUGAAGAAAAAGAGAUUACUAUCGAAGACAGUAAAUCUACACGACUAACACCUAGUCAUUUGGGAUCAUUCGUUUUAUCUCACACACCAAAAGUCAAAUACAACAUCGUUUUGACUUCUGAUGGUGUCUUAAAAGAAAAGAAAACGUUUAAAGGUUAUUCUAAUGAUAAGAUAAGUGUAGAAGAUUACGUUCAGUUAGCAAGCGGACAUGAUGUGUCGAACGAAUUUAAUAAACCAUGGGAAAAAAGUUUCACCAAUGGAGUAGUUAUUCCAAAUGAUAAACAAACUAAAGUUUUUAGAAGUUAUUUGAAUAAUGUUAAAAGAAAACCACCAAACAGUGAAGGAAUUAUGUAUCCUUACAACGACAAAGAUGAGUAUAGUUUUGACGAAAACUAUGAAUUUGAUGAUUUCGAUUAUCUUUCUAAUCAAGAAGAGAAUGAAGAUUGUUUUAAAUGA